AUUGCAUAAACCAUGGGGGGCAAAAUGGGGAGAAAGAGAAGGAUUAGAGGCUUCUUGGCUGUAUAAAACCUCGACUAGGGUUUUGAACAGAGGUCGCCGCAGGAGGGCUUACCCCAUUUGUUCUGAGGGUGACGGAGCAGGAUGUCUCACAGGAAGUUUGAGCACCCUAGGCAUGGUUCCCUUGGGUUUCUCCCGAGGAAGCGGGCUUCUCGUCAUAGAGGAAAAGUGAAGGCUUUCCCCAAAGAUGACCCAAACAAGCCUUGCAAGCUUACUGCUUUCUUGGGUUAUAAGGCUGGGAUGACGCACAUUGUCAGAGAGGUUGAAAAACCUGGGUCAAAGCUUCACAAAAAGGAGACAUGUGAGGCUGUGACAGUUAUUGAAACACCUCCAAUGAUUGUUGUUGGGGUAGUUGCUUAUGUCAAGACUCCCCGUGGCCUUCGCUCUCUGAAUACUGUUUGGGCUCAGCAUUUGAGUGAGGAAGUGAAAAGGAGAUUUUACAAGAACUGGUGCAAGUCCAAGAAGAAGGCCUUUACAAAGUAUUCGAAGAAGUAUGAAACUGAUGAAGGAAAGAAAGAUAUUCAGGCACAGCUUGAGAAAAUGAAGAAAUAUGGGUCUGUAAUCCGUGUUUUGGCUCACACCCAGAUAAGGAAGAUGAAAGGGUUGAAACAGAAGAAAGCACAUCUGAUGGAGAUCCAGGUGAAUGGUGGAACAAUUGCACAGAAGGUGGACUAUGCAUAUGGUUUCUUUGAGAAGCAGAUUCCUGUGGAUGCUGUUUUCCAGAAAGAUGAGAUGAUUGACAUAAUUGGUGUGACUAAAGGUAAGGGUUAUGAAGGUGUUGUCACACGUUGGGGUGUCACCCGCCUGCCUCGUAAGACCCACAGGGGAUUGCGUAAAGUGGCUUGUAUUGGUGCAUGGCACCCUGCCAGGGUCUCCUUCACUGUUGCAAGGGCUGGUCAGAACGGUUACCACCACCGUACUGAAAUGAACAAGAAAAUCUACAAGCUUGGAAAGACUGGGGAUGAGGGUCACAAUGCGAUGACUGAGUAUGACAGGACUGAGAAGGAUAUAACACCCAUGGGUGGCUUCCCUCACUAUGGUAUUGUGAAGGAUGAUUACCUCUUGAUCAAGGGUUGCUGUGUUGGGCCCAAGAAGAGGGUUGUCACACUCCGCCAGUCCCUUUUGAAGCAGACAUCUCGUUUGGCCCUCGAGGAGAUCAAACUCAAGUUCAUUGAUACAUCCUCGAAGUUUGGACAUGGUCGCUUCCAAACCACACAGGAGAAGCAGAAAUUUUUCGGGAGGCUGAAGGCCUAGGUAUGAGAGAUUUGAUUGGAAAUUUUGGCUACUCCAGUUAAUGUGCCAAAGGGAAAGUUUUCUCAUUUUUGUUUUGGACAGUGCUUUACAUUUUUGAGCCAAGUUAAUGUGUUUGAAAGUAUUGAGAAAACCUGGUGUUAUAGUUUUGUUUUCUUGGAUAAGAAUUUAGGACAGCUCAGUUUGGCUAUAUCUAGUUAAUCUAUGUUAAUCAUUGCACAAUGGUUGAAGGUUUUCAUUUAAA